AUGAAUGACAUGAACAUGACUGCUGUCAACCCAUUGGCUAUGUUAGCGGCACAAUGUAAUAAAAUUCCAUCGUCCAAUACAACGAGUAAUAAUCAUUCGCCACCUCUAUCGUCAACAACAUCCAGUCGACCGGAUAGUCCCCCAUCUUCACCGCCAAAAACAAGUUUCUAUGCUUGGAAGAAGCCCAUGACAACUAGUCCACCAAUUUAUCAGACGAAUCCAAUGAAUAAUAUCAAUCAUCAUUCUCAUCCUAAUUCUGAAAUCGCUUCAUCGUUAGCACGUAUUGGUCAUUAUGAGCAUUCAUUAUUGAAUCAUAAUGGUCAUUUAAAAGAGAAUACAACAAUACCAUCGCCACCAGGUCCACCGUCGUCUCAAGCAACUUGGCUCGAUAUUCAUCAUCAUCAUCAUUCAUGGUUUUCAACAACACCAACACCGCCCAUUCUUCACAAUGAACAACAAGUAACACCUCCACCGCCACUAUUUCCCACAACAUCCAAUGUUCAAUAUGCACCUCAUGGACAUCAUCAUAUUCAACCAGCACACUACAAUGACUUCCUUUCUGUUGGUCAUCAUUACGCAGAUUCUUAUCGUCAUGAAUUUCGUUUACUUUAUCCGCCAGUAGUUCCGCCAACAUUGCCACCACCAGUUCUCUCCUCACAAGCACCUCAAUCAAACUCAUCGUUUCCUUCGCAUACUCCAUCACCACCUUCUGCACAAGCCACUACUUCGUCACCGACGACAACAAAUCAUCCGAACAGUUCACCCAAAAAUACCAUUUCCAAUAACCUAACAAGAAAUGGUAAACAGCCCAAAGCCAGUCGCGCUCAAUGUGAUUGUCCUAACUGUCGCGAAGCUGAUCGCCUAGGUUUUGUCGCUGGAGCUAAUAUAAGAAAACGAAACAUUCACAGUUGUCAUAUACCUGGUUGUGGCAAAGAAUACAACAAAACGUCACAUCUCAAAGCUCAUCUGCGUUGGCACACAGGAGAGCGGCCAUUUGUUUGUAAUUGGCUAUUUUGUGGCAAACGAUUCACUCGUAGUGAUGAACUUCAACGACAUUUACGAACUCAUACAGGUGAAAAACGAUUUGCAUGUCAAGUUUGUGGAAAACGUUUUAUGCGUAGUGAUCAUCUGAAUAAACAUGUGAAAACACACUCGAUUGGUAUCAAUGGUAAUCUAAAUGACGAACAUCGCAUGAGAAUAGUCGACUCUGAUCCAGAUGAAACGAAUCGUGAGCAUCAACAUCUCCAACAACAUUCACAUCUUCCGCACCAAGCUUUAUUGCAAAUGCAUCAUCAGCGAUUCAUGGUUGCCGAUAUUAAAGCUGAACCGAGAAUGAGCAAUUAA